AUGGAAAGGCGAGCCGUGAUUUGCUCCUCCUUACGCAAGCGACCUGAUUGGGCCUCAGUCGUGCCAGCGCUUCUGCAGAGCCCCAAUCCUCCCAGAUGGAAAGAAGCACGUCUCGAAACUCAUGAUCUGGCACUGCCACUGUCCUUACCUGGCCAGCCAUCUCAUCUCGCCUUUCGCGCCAUAUUCCUCGCGCCAUCUGACAUUGGGUCACAUGAAACACACAAGCGGACGGAGAGGUUAUUCAAUCUCAACGGCGGCCGGUACGUGGCCAUUGUUUUGCUCAUGAGGCAGAUGGAGGGUGUUCAAGAGAGCAAUUCAAGUGCCAUGAUGAGAUUGCAACUAGAACUCAUCGGUGGUCUGGAAAUGCCAAUAAUACCAGUUCCAACAGUUGAGAGUCUACCAACAGCCAUCAAGGCUUUCCAUUACCAACUUUCCACAAGUGCAGCGUCCCGCCAACUGGUGACACCAGCUCGCAGCCUUCUUCCUUACUGUUCUGACACCGGUAGUCUUCCAGAGCACGCAGUGAAUGUUAUAAGUGAUAUCACGGCAGGUUUCAAGGAUCUGGUUUCCAAAGCCACCACACCUGACGGAAAGCAGCUUCUGAAAGAUUACCUGGGAGAAGAUGCUGAUCGUGUCAUCAGAUUCUGGAAGGACGAGUAUCCCAUUGCGUAA